AUGGCACAAGCCAUGAAAUGUCGAAAUGGCCAUGCGCUGCACCUCACACACAUGCCCUGCGCGAGGAAGCAUCGAUGUACGGUCUGUCACGAGGUGAUUCCUCGGUCGGCGAGACGGUACAUGUGCAGACGAUGCAGCUUCGACGUUUGCUUCGACUGCGGCGUGCAUGACAACUGUGUCAUCGAGAGAUCGCAGCAUUCGCAGAAGACACUUCGCUCCGUUUUCAAAGAGUACGGGCUCGAACAUCAGCGAAGUGUGGUUAUUAGUACUUCAUACGACAUCGUUUCCCCUGGUGAUGGCCACAUGCGCAGACACCAGCACAAAAGGGGGCUGGGCGUGGGCGAGGACUGUCGUUACGCAGCCUCGGCCUCAGGGGGGCAGUAA